UCAUUCAUUCGCUAAUCACGCUUUCUCUUUCGACCUUCUCAUCUCAUCAUUUUUGAAUUCACAUGUCGCUUUCGCGUCCAUUCUAAUUCUUCUUUUCUUUUGCCGCUCUCUCUUUUUCUUAUAUCCGUCGCUCCAUUUUAAAUUUUAAAAUCAAAUAAAUAAUGCAACAAUAUUAUAUCACCACAUGUCAUAUAUUAUUAUUAUUAUUAUUAUAGCACAUUUACUUCUACUGCUGCAUGCUUCUCAAAUUUCUCAACAACUUUACCAAAUUCAGGUCUUCUUUUUCUGGAAUUAGGCACAGCUUUCACUAAUUACCAGUUACCAUCCAACUCUUGAAUUGAGGCCUCAUAAACUUUUGUUUUGUGGCUGUAUAAGCAUCUGGAACUGAAUUGAAUUCGGGAGCUGAAAAGUGAUUUUUCAAUUCCUCUGUGGUAGCUAUUGUCAGAAAUGUCAUUCUGUCAAUAACAGUAAGAGGUGAAGUGGUUUGAGUUCAAAUGGAGCAGUAUGAAGUUCUAGAACAGAUUGGCAAAGGUGCAUUUGGUUCUGCUCUACUUGUGAGGCACAAGCAUGAGAAGAAAAAGUAUGUCCUAAAGAAGAUACGUCUUGCUCGCCAAACUGACAGAACCCGUAGGUCAGCCCACCAGGAGAUGGAGCUUAUAUCCAAAGUUCGCAAUCCUUUUAUUGUGGAGUAUAAAGAUUCUUGGGUAGAAAAGGGUUGUUUUGUAUGUAUUAUCAUCGGGUAUUGUGAAGGAGGAGAUAUGGCUGAAGCUAUAAAAAAGGCCAAUAGUGCUAACUUUUCUGAAGAGAAACUCUGCAAGUGGCUUGUCCAGUUGCUGAUGGCACUUGAUUACUUACAUGUAAAUCAUAUUCUACAUCGUGAUGUCAAGUGUUCAAAUAUAUUCUUGACAAAAGAUCAAGAUAUACGUCUAGGUGACUUUGGCCUUGCUAAAAUGUUGACUUCUGAUGAUCUUGCUUCCUCAAUUGUUGGGACUCCAAGUUAUAUGUGCCCAGAGCUUCUUGCGGAUAUACCCUAUGGCUCUAAGUCAGAUAUUUGGUCUUUGGGAUGCUGUGUCUAUGAAAUGGCUGCUCACAGGCCAGCUUUUAAAGCUUUUGACAUACAAGCAUUGAUUCACAAAAUAAACAAGUCUAUAGUGGCUCCACUUCCAACUAUGUAUUCUGGUGCUUUCCGAGGGCUUGUCAAAAGUAUGCUGCGGAAAAAUCCAGAGCUAAGGCCAACUGCUGGAGAGUUACUAAAUCAUCCACAUCUUCAGCCUUACAUUCUUAAAGUUCACCAAAAACUAAAUAGCCCCAGAAGAAGCACUUUUCCAUUCCAAUGGCCUGAGUCAAACUAUGUAGGGAGAACUCGGUAUGUAGAGCCAGAGUCUGUUUCUACUCUUUCUGACCAAGAUAAGUGCUUGCCAUUAAGCCAUCGUAGAGCCUUGAAUCCUAGCAUUUCUGGGACUGAGCAAAGUUCCCAGUAUUCUGCCCGAAGAGCUCAUGGUUUAUCCACUUGUUCAGAAGAAAAGCUCUACGACUUAUCUGCUGGUGUUGUUCGUGAUCGUCGUAAUACUAACAAAUCAAAAGCCAUAAAUUCUGAUGAGAGAACACCAAGACUGAGAGCAGCUAAAGAUUCUACUAGAAGGCAGACAAUGGCACCAUCAGAGAUAUCUGUUACUGGUUCAAAGCGUGAAUCGGUUCCAGUGCCUCGCGCACCACCUUGUAAGUCUAUCACACCGACUCGUAGAGCUUCCCUUCCACUGCAUACAAGAGGCAGGAACACAACAAACUUCUACACCAAUGUUAGUUGCGUGGACUCUCCUGAUGUUUCUGUUGAUGCGCCACAAAUUGACAAGAUUGCAGAAUACCCGAUGGCCUCUUAUGAGGAUCCUUUCUUCCCUAUCCGCAGAUCAUCACCAGCAUAUGCCAAACGCUCUUCGAACUCAGCAUGGAGUGCUGAUUGCACAAUCACAAAAGACAAGUGUACAAUCCUGGUCGACAAAGUUACCGUCCCCGCCAGUGAAUGCUCUAACUAUGUUACAGCUGGCGUUUCAAGCCGUUCCUCGUCUGAGUCGCGUCAGCAUCGAUUUGACACCUCGUCGUUCCAGCAACGUGCCGAGGCAUUGGAAGGGCUUCUGGAGUUCAGUGCUAGGCUGCUACAACAACAUAGGUUUGAUGAGCUUGGUGUAUUGUUGAAGCCAUUUGGGCCUGAGAAGGUUUCUCCAAGAGAAACUGCUAUUUGGUUGGCCAAGAGCUUUAAACAAAACUGUGAUCUAAGGUUUUCUCAUGCACUUGCGUGAUCAUUAACAUCGGAUAAUGUACAUUAACAUUGUGUUGUAUAUUUGGCCAUAAAAUAAGAAGAAUGGCUUUGGUUAUUUGCAUUUGCAUUUUCCAUGAGAUGUACACUGUUAUGCACAUCAAUUGAAUCAUUGAUUCACACCAGACACCUAUAAUAAUACCAACAUGAUUACAACCAGUUCAUCUUGUUUUA